AUGGCUGCAGUUCACGAUCCUUUCCUCUCGGCAGGUGCAAGAUUAGUGGAACGGGCUCCUAGCGGCGGUGAUGAACCGGAUUGUGGAGGGAGACAAGAGAAGAGAGCGAUGGAGGGUUGCGCGAUGAUCAAGUGGUGCACCAUCUACAUGGACCACAUCACCUUCAAGGACUACGAGGUCCACGACGUCAUGGGCCUCGAGCUCUACUACAACUAG